GGACAGGCAGGCGUUUUCCCGGGGCCACUGAGAUCAAGUUGACAAACAAGGUUGGGCAAACAAAGGCCAGCUUGCUCCUCACUCUAGCUUCUGCUCCCCUGCACAGUUGGACGUACACUCACACCGAGCGCUCUGUUCACCACCAUUUCUCCCUGACAGAAUGUCACUGGGAGGUGGAAACAAGUGCGGCCGCUGUCAGAAGACGGUUUACUUUGCCGAGGAGGUUCUGAGUGAUGGGCGGAGCUACCACAAGUCCUGCUUCCGCUGCAUGGUGUGUGGGAAGAACUUGGACAGCACCACCGUUACCAAUCACGGUGAGGAAAUCUACUGCAAAUCAUGCUACGGCAAGAAGUACGGGCCCAAGGGCUACGGCUUUGGUCCUGGUGCCGGAACCCUCAGCAUGGACCGUGGAGAGGGCCUGGGUAUCACCCCGGAGGCACCUGCUCCUCAUCGCCCCACCACCAACACAAACACCUCCAAAAUGGCACAGAAAUUUGGUGGCGCCGACAAGUGUCCUCGCUGCGGCCAAUCCGUCUACGCCGCGGAGAAAGUGAUUGGCGCCGGAAGCUCAUGGCACAAGAACAAAUGCUUCCGCUGCGCGUCGUGCGGGAAAGGCCUGGAGUCCACGACUCUGGCAGACAAGGACGGAGAGAUCUACUGCAAAGGCUGUUACGCCAGGAACUUUGGCCCCAAAGGGUUCGGCUUCGGUCUGGGUGCUGGAGCUCUGGCUCACACUCAGUAGAGCGGGAUGAGCUUCAUCCUGCGGCAGCGUAGUUCCACCACAGCACUGCCGGCAAAAGCGCAUGAAUAGAAGUCACUGCACUUCAACACACAAGAUGUUUUAGUUUCAUUGCUACGUCUGCUUUUGUCACCUGCAACUGCAUUCAUCAGCCACUGAACCACACCUAGCAUCUGCAAGACUGUAUACGGUCCGUGAGAAUAAAUCUUCACCUCAGCAGUUCUGGCUUGAACUUCCUGUUGCUGUAGCCUUCAUCUGGUCCUGGACUGAGCCAGACAUGGCUCUACUCCAAGAUCAGGCAGUUGACUGAGCGGGAGCCAGCAGCGGGCCAAAGAAAGCGCACUGUGACAGGUCCAAUCACCUGAUUCUUUCAGCCAAAGGUGAGAGAAAAGAAGUGGCGAUUACAUCUCGGCCCCGCCCACAAAAUGUCUUCAAGGAAAUGACAGGAAUGACAAACAGGCACCUUUCGUGGGAAGCAAUUGAGCGAAACUUUCGGUGUGAUCACUCUCUGCUAUUAAAAUGUAGCCCGUCCUGCCAUGAGGUUGCAUCUGUUCACAGAAAAAUGCAAGGAAUUUGAACAGUGCUUUGAUCCCGACUCACCACAUCAUCUCUCCGCCUCCUCCCCGGAAACAGCUCCAAUAAUAAAGAUAACCCCCCUUUCUUUCCACUACUUUCACUUCAUCAAUUAUUUGUGAAAGUACAUUGACCCUGAAAAUAAUACAAAAAUAUUAUGUUCACGUUUUGACCAUGGCUCUUGUUUUUAACCAAAUAAAU